AUGUGCAAUGUCGACACCGGACUUUCUUUCAGUGUGCAAUCUUGUCCACGGCGUGUCGGUCUGUGGCGAAAUCAAUGUGCAAUCUCGUUUACGGUAGGUCUGUCAUUGGCGAAAUCAAUGUGCAAUCUCUACCAAGGCGUGUCUGUCGUUGGCGAAAUCAAUGUGCGAUCUCGACCAAUGCCUGUCUGUCUUUGGCAAAAUCUAUUGUGCAAUCUCGUCCACGGCGUGUCUGUCUUUGGUGAAAUCAAUGUGCAAUCUCGACCGCUGCGUGUCUGUCCUUGGCAAAAUCACUGUGCGAUCUCGACCAAUGCCUGUCUGUCUUUGGUGAAAUCAAUGUGCAAUCUUGACCAAUGUCCCUCUGUCAUUGGCGAAAUCAAUGUGCAAUCACGACCACUGCCUCUCUGUCUUUGGCGAAAUCAAUGUGCAAUCUCAACCACGGCUUGUCUGUCUUUGGCUAAAUCAAUGUGCAAUGUCGACCACUGCCUCUCUGUCAUUGGUGAAAUCAAUGUGCAAUCUCGACCACUGCAUGUCUGUCUUUGGCGAAAUCGAUGUGCAAUUUCGUCCACGGCUGGUCUGUCUUUGGCGAAAUCAAUGUGCAAUCUCGACCAAUGCCUCUCUGUUUGUGACGAAAUCAAUGUGCGAUCUCAACCACGGCUUUUCUGUCUUUGGCGAAAUCAAUGUGCAGUCUCGACCACGGCGUGUUUGUCCUGGCAAAAUCAAUGUGAAAUCACAAACAAUGCCUCUCUGUCUUUAAUGAAAUCAAUGUGCAAUUUCGUCCACGGCGGGCCUGUCUUUGGUGAAAUCAAUGUGCAAUCUCGACCACUGACCCUCUCUCUUUGGCGAAAUUAA